AUGUCGAAAGAGAAAAGUCUUGAGCUAGGUAUAAAGGCAUUGAAACCUUACGCCCAACAAAUAGGGAGACAGGAAAAGGCUCGGUUGGUAAUGGGAGAGGCAUUACGUAAGUUAUGUGAUGCUGCGAAGCAAGAAGGUAAAGGUAGAAGUGGAAAGUAG